AUGAACAAUUUUGGCGUCUACGAGCUCGCCAGCAGCAAAGUCACAAACGCCCCGGGAUGGGCUUACGUUCCCGACACGGGCCUUAACCCGGCCGCCGCCGCCCUCCAGCCCGCGAACCGCAAGCGCGCCGCUCGAAGCAAGGCGAACCCAACCGCCUCAGACCUCACCGUCCGCCAGGAAGCCAAGAUUCGCAAGGAACUCGAGCAGCUGGACCGCGACGGCGGACGUGAUGCCUCAAUACCCAUCCCGGCCAAGGCCUCGAGAGGACAGAACAAGAGCACGCCAGCGAUUCGCAAAAUCCUCCAGUCCCAAAAGACCUUCCACAACCACUGCGACGACCAUCUCGCCCUCCUCUCGCACGCCGGAAACACGCCGGCGCCGCACCCGAACCAGCACACAGCCAAACCGGCCAACAAACCGCCCCAUCCAAACCAGCACACCAAGCGCAACGCCGCCAAGCGCUCCAAGACAUCGACGCCAAAGACGCCAGCGGAACCGGAAGACGUCCAGAUGACGCCCGCACCGUCAGCAGAAGCGCCAGAGGAUUCCGCGACGGCGAUAGGCCCGGUGCUGACGCCCUACGAUAAACCGGGCCCGGCGCCGCAUCCCGGCGACGACGAUCCGCUGCUCGUGUCGCGGGUACCUGCGAUGCCGACGGACGAGGAGCUCAAGUGGUUGCUCUCGCGGCCGAUGCUCAGUUUCUGGGACGCGAGGGCCGAGUGGGGCGACGACGAUGCGCGGUAUCCUGAGCGUAGUUUCUGCGAGACGCAUCGGGAGGAGUGUUUUACGAGGUACGGCAUUUGA